UGGCAACAAAAUAACGUAGCUAGAGAGCUCUGUCAGGGAGGGGGCUGAAGAACAAAACAAUGACACUGCUCGGAAGGAUUCAAAGACAGAAACACUUUUGAGAGACUUUUUUUUUUACACGGACUCGCCCAGAUUUCCCUCCCGUCUCGUGUAGAGUUAAAGAGUCCGCGGGUAUCCGAGCUUUGAACAUCGACGGGCUGCUGUUUUUGUUGAUAUGUUGUUUCAGCCCAGUUGACAGACUGGAGGCUAGCUGCUUGUAAGGACGGAUGUGAACUGUUAAAGCUCGCUGUUUCGCUUAUUAAAGCUUUCUCUCGAAAAAAAGUUGAACCCGUCCGUUGAAGCCAGUUAGCUGUGAGUUACAUGAAAUUUGCUUUGUGGCUGAAUUAUUCCCGAGCGAGCUGCUGAGGCUCACUUUGCUAAAGCUAGCCUGUUGUUAGCAUCAACAUUUGCACAUUCAUCUCUUCAGAGAGAGUUCAUUGUCUCGGUUGGUACGAGAGACACGCGUAUUUUCUGCUUUAUUUUUGUUUUAUUUGUUAACUUAUGACAUAUAAUAUUUACUGUUGCAGCUAAAUGCAGAGACACGAACAAGCUCACUAAGGUAAUAAGAUAUCAGGUGUUACUCGAGACGACGGCUGUCUCUGCUUUAUUGCCUCACUGCCAGUUGCACAAAUUACAUAAUUUUACCUUUUUACUUCAUAUUUCCACGUUUUUAUUGUACCAUGCAGCUGUUUUAAGUUGAUUUUAAGUUAACAGUAUUAUUACAUGCGCGUCACUUUUUAUUAUCUAACACAAGUAAUUCCUGCUGCUGUUGUCAAAGGUGUAUAAUAAGCACUACUUUGUUUGAAGUUUUCCUCGUAAGAAACGAUGAGUGGCCAUGGCUCAUCUUCAGAAAAGGGAGUCAAUACUAGUCUAAUAUGUCAGGAGAGUUAUGCCUGUGGAGGCUCUGAGGAAGCUGCAUUUGAGUGUGAUGAAUGCAAAAGCUUGCAGUGUGUCCGCUGUGAGCUCGAGCUCCACAAUCAGGAGAGUCUGAAGAACCAUGAACGGGUUCACAUAGGUCCUGGUCAUGUUCCUUACUGUGACAACUGCAAAGGAGGAAAUGGAGACAAUGGUAAACGCCGCAGAUCUGUGGUCCGCUGCCAGAACUGCAAACUUAACCUGUGCCAAGACUGUCAGAAACGCACCCACAGUGGAGGCAACAAGAAGAAACACCAGCUGACUUCUUACCCACCUCCUCCAAAACCAACAGUGGUCAGCUCUGUCCAAACAUCUGCUCCACCUGCUGUCCAAAUAGACGAUGAGACCAAGUCUCAGAGAGCUAAACUUCUGGAGAAGGUUUCCAGUUUUCUCUUGGUGGAUGAAAAUGAGGACAUGCAGGUUAGUAGUGAAACAGUGACUCUAAGAUUGGACAUAUUGUUGCUUGAAUAUUUGAUGCUGGAAAUCAAAGGGAGCUAGCCUGCACACGCAUUCAGCUCUGCAAAAAGUUUACCAACCCUACAAAUGGUCCUCAUUAAGUAAUAUUUCUUUUAAAGGCAACAAGAGAAAAGGGGGUGAUUUAAACACCCUUUCAUCCAUAUGACAGAGUUAUUACACCUCUAAUCUUCAGACAUUUAGGCUGCGAUUUAGGGUACACUAUUGAACUUACAAUUAAUUAUUUUUUAUUCAAGAGACCUGUGAAAAUGACAACAAAGACGUUCAAAAAGAUCAAUUAAAGUAGAUUCAACAGGAGGUUUUCAUGUAAGAUAUAUUAGAAAUUUCAUUUAAUAAAAACCUUUGUUUCAAACACACAUUUUUAGAUGAAAUCAGUGAAGAUGUAUUGAACAUAGAAAACAUUUACAUCCUAAAAAACAACACCCAUGAAUUUCUGUAGUGGUAUUUAUUUACAUAUUCACACAAAAGGAGUCUGUUUUAGGUGAUAUGUUUUAAAAGAUAAACUUUGUAGUUAUAGGAUGAUAUUUUUUAUGUUCAUUGUAUUUUUUUUUAUGUUGCAUAUAGAUGUUUUUCACUUUGGCCCUUUUUGCACAUUUGACCACACCUGCCACCCUGAUGCUUAUCAGUUUAUUUUGCAAACUUAUGUUUGGAUACAACUCCACUUUUUUAAAAAACCAUCACCUUUUAUUUGGAAAAUUGUGAUUAUAACACUUUCGGUGUACCGAGUUAGUGUGCUCUGUGCAGGCAUGUCUCCUUUUCCUUGAUGCUGUUUUUAUACUUUUCCACUUUACCUGAUGUGUGUAUAACCACCCUCCUAAAAACUAAAAGUUCACUCUGCAUUAUUUUUUCCUCAAAGAUAAAGGAUGACAGUUCAUUUGUGAAGCGUCUGAGCUGCGACCCUGAUCAGCUGCUGAAGGUGGUGUCCAUCUUUGGCAACACAGGAGAGGGCAAGUCUCACACCCUGAACCACACCUUCUUCCUGGGCAAGGAGGUGUUCAAGACGUCCCCUACGCAGGAGUCCUGUACAGUGGGUGUGUGGGCAGCGUUUGACCCCAGCCGGAAAGUAGUGGUCAUUGAUACAGAGGGGCUGCUCGGGAACAGCUCCAAACAGGGUCAGCGAACUCGUCUGUUGCUCAAGGUGCUCGCCAUUUCCGACCUCAUCAUCUACCGAACCCAUGCUGACCGCCUACAUGACGAUCUCUUCAAGUUCCUCGGCGACGCCUCUGAUGCCUACUUGAAGCAUUUCACCAAGGAACUGAAGGCGACAACGGCUCGCUGCGGCCUCGACGUCCCUCUGUCCACGCUGGGCCCAGCAGUGGUCAUCUUCCAUGAAACAGUCCACACUAAGCUACUUGGAUCAGGUGAAACAGAUCCCCUCUAUUACAACUUUACUAAACAAGUUAAAGGUCAGAUAGCUUUACUUCCAUCAGAACAGGACAUUGUCAUCCAUCUCUGAAUGUAGGUCUGCAUCAUUGGAAUGGACAAGCGCGUGCCUUUAAAGUAAACUAAGACUUUAGCACUGCAGAUAAUUGCAGGUUUAGCAAAUAUUAGCCUGCAGUGUCUGUUUCAUCUGCGCAAGGAGUAGCACUUAGCAUUCCAGCUGCUUUGUGAAAUGUUAAAACACCACAUUCUAGACAACAAGCAGCACAAACUAUGGUGUGAAGUCAAGUACACAUAUUUAUUCCUGUAGACACACACUUAAAAGACAUAGCUUGAGUUUCUUUUUGUCAUUCAGUUAUCCUGCUGCAGGUUAAACUCUCUAUUAGUGUCAACAAUUUCACCCCUGUGUGAAGUUCAUUUGAUUUGAGACCGCAGCAGCUGCUUCUUUUGCUCUUGUGUUACAGUGUAAAUAUCAGCCCUGCAGAUUUACAUUUUAUCUGCUGAUACCUAAGGCAUUUACACACCAUGCAGCUCUCCUCUCAUAUAUCACAAGGAGAGCUUUAGAAUUAUUAUUCAAUCAAGUUAACUGAUAUACAAAUAUAAUAUUUCUAUUUUCAUAAUGUUUCCGACUUUCUGUGGUAAUGUAUUUAUCCGUGCCUUGCUUUAGACAAGUCCUCCGAGUCGGUGGAUCGACUGCUGUCAGAGCGCUUUAAGAAGGUUUCUCGUUUCCCUGAAGCCUUCAGCUCGGUACAAUACUUGGGAACACAGACUCUCAACCCUCCUACUGACUUCCGCGGCCUGCAGAACAAACUGGAGCAGCUCCUUGACAAUAACGCCACCCGCUCCCCUCGGACCCCAGUGGUCAUCUUCAAAGCCCUGCAGGUGGGUGGACUUGGCGGCAGCUGGCGUUUGAAUUGCUUCAUAACAGACUGUUUUUGUUGUUGAAAAAAAAAUCAACUAAAAAAUGAAAUUAUAAGCUGCUUUAAUGGUUCAGCCGGACAUCCCUGACAUGGUUGUCUGAAGUUAUCUUAUUUUCUUUUCAAAUGAAUGUGUACUGGGGAUGUGUAUUGGUAUAGAUGGAUGAGUUCUGUUUGGGUACAUUAUUGCUAGAUAAAGAUGACGUGCACCACUUUGUUUUGUCUGCAUCUACUCAUUUCUACUCAUCCUUCAUUUUCCCACAGGCACUGAGUGAGCGCUUUAAUGGAGAAAUUACAGGUGAGCUGGCAGCCCACAGCUGCUUCUUUCCCGAUGAGUACUUCACCUGCUCCUGCCUCUGCCUCAGUUGUGGGUGAGUAUGAAAAUACUAAUUUCAAGAGAAAAGCUUUCCCUAAAUCUCCCACUCUUGAUAUUUAAUACCACUCUGACUUAUUAUUUUUCUCAAAGAUCUGGCUGCAAGAACAGCAUGAACCACUUAGGAGAAGGAGCGCGCCAUGAGGCAAAGCAUCGUUGUCGUUACUCUGCUCAGUAUGACAACCGCAUUUACACCUGCAAGGUAAGCACAGUUUCACAGGUGUUUCUCAGUAUAGCCUCCAACUUCACUGUUUAAUGAUGAAUCUUAAAGUGAUUGUGCUUGUGCAUCGUUUUAGGCUUGCUAUGAAGGCGGAAAGGAGGUGGUAGUCGUCCCCAAGACCUCAGCUUCCUCAGACUCUCCAUGGUUGGGUCUUGCUAAAUAUGCCUGGUCUGGGUGAGUUACAGUGAAAUGUCAGGCUAGACACACUUUAGUUAAGCUUAUGUUACCUUUUACAGAGCAUAAUUUUAGCUCUGCUGUACCAGACUCAGACCUGAUGUAUCAAAUGUCUUUUAACAUUGACCUGCAUGUUUCAUGUUACACCUGAUUGAUUUACAUGACCUGAGUUAAACAUUUGUGUUUGAACAGGUAUGUUAUUGAAUGUCCAAACUGUGGAGUGAUCUAUCGUAGCCGUCAGUACUGGUAUGGGAACCAGGACCCUGUGGAUACUGUUGUGCGUACUGAAAUCCAGCAUGUGUGGCCAGGGGUAAGAGAAUCAGACUCUGUGAUAUCUUCAUAUUGUGUAGAUUAUGAUUCUUUAUAAUGAAAGCUGGUAAAAAUGUGGUAAAAAUCUGUUUUCUGUAGUCGGAUGGCUUUUUAAAGGACAACAGUAACGCAGCACAGCGUCUUCUGGAUGGAGUGAACCUAGUAGCCCAGUCUGUGUCAGAGCUCAGCGUCAAGCCUGCGAAGGCCGUCACCUCCUGGCUGACGGAUCAGAUCGCUCCAGCCUACUGGAAACCCAACUCCCUCCUCUUGGUGAGUGACACACACAGCCCAGCCCCCUCCACCUUCUGCCACCAACAGCCAAGUCAACACUUUCAUGUCCACAGGGAUGUUUACUAUGUGUGCUGUUCCGAGCCUAUUACACAAUCGGUGUUUGCGGGUCACAAGAUAAAACCUGGAAAGACACAGAUUGCGUCUUCUUCCCUUGAGCUUGAGGUCAAUAACAACUCGUGCUGCUGUUGUUUUUGUUUUUUUUCUCUUGAACAAGGUGUGCCAUAAGUGUCACACGGUCUUCCAGGACAACGACACCAAACAUCACUGCCGUGCCUGCGGGGAGGGUUUCUGUGAUGGCUGCUCAUCCAAAGCCGCUCCUGUCCCUGAGAGAGGCUGGGGUCUUGCCCCUGUCAGAGUUUGUGACGUUUGCUUUGAGCAAAGAGCUUCAUUCGCAGGUACACACACUCUCAGCAUUAUUGAGUAUCUACUAUAUGGUCAGUUCACAUUUGUUUUGAGUUUAUUUUUAGCAAAGUUAUUUUUUUUCUUUCUCCAGAGCUGCUUGAGGCAGAGCUCGAGGAGGAAGAGGGUGGAAACCUUGCCAGAAAGGUCGGGGAAGCUGUGACCAGCACUAUUGGUGUUGUGGUCACUGCUAUUGACAUCCCACUUGGUGAGUGUUGCCCAACACACAGCCUAAACAGGAGCGUUGUGUAACAAUAAUAGAUGACCCAGCAACUGUGAGUGAAAGGGUGCAAUGCCCUCUGGUGGCAGAGGUGUAGUGAGCUUAUUUAGAACAAAAAGGUUAUGAAAAGAAAAGAAAAGCUCUCGUUUUUAGAAUCAACCCUUGUUGAUGUGUUGUGUAGGAGUUUAACGACUCAUAGGAAUACAUGUCACCUAAAUGAUCUCAUUUCAACAGAGCCUGUACAAGUUUGAAAGUUAAUUUAAGAACAAACUAGAGCAAUGAUGCCAAACCUGCUGAUUGCGUUUUUCAGCUUUAAUCAUAUGGUAUUUAGAGGCUCAGAUGAGAGAGUAAGUUUAUGUUGUAGUAAGAUGAUCUUCAGAUACAGAUUGUCCACUCAUUUGUAGCUUCUUUCUCUUGCCAGUAAAAAUGUUUGCAGUCCGCAAAAUUACAAUCCUCCUACACACACUAACUACAGCACCAAAAACUACUUUGCCCAGCUCUGCUGAACACAUCAGUGGUUUUACUUUUUCCUGGUAGUGUUCUGUUGCCUAAUUUUUAACAGACAUCAAGUUCUGGUGCUUAUACUGGUGCAAAGGUGAGAUCGAUGACCAGUUAGCCUGUUUACUCCUUUCAUUUUACAAGACUUCCUGUUGUAAACGCACAAGGUAUUUGCUUAAGAUAUAAAUGUUUGGAGACAGCUUUACAUGAUAUGAGCUUGCUCUUGAGGAGGUACUUCAGCACUCUCAGGAUGCAGAGUUUAUGAGAAGACUGGCUCUGCUGCACAGUCUAUGGCUCUUAUAUAAAAACCUUACAGUUUAUUUAACCUUUAUCAUAAGAACCAUGCUUUAUUAGGCUUCCUCAUAAGCCUGCUGUAUAACCACGGUUUCUGUUAAAGGGCAGAGAUAAAUAUGCCUCAGAUAACCUGAUAUCCUGCUGAAAACCUUCCUAUAUCCAUCACCAACCCAAAAAUACCCCAGAGCUAAGUCUGCUCCAAUCACAAAUGAAUUAGCUGACUUGUUUCCAAAUCUUGUUACCAAGUUUCCAUGGAUACCCCUGACCAAGUAGCUAGUUUUUUAUGUCAAGGUGCACUUCAAGAGAGUGGAGAGGACAAGUCGGCUUCACGGAUAAAGCUUAAAGAAAGCAAGAGCAACCUAAAGCUGAUCUUUACAAACAACAGAAGUUAAUCUUACUCAUGUAGUCUUCUGUUUGAAUGGAGUAAAUGGCAAAUAUAUUGAGGCUCUGCAGCAUGUCACAGUAUUUAAUAAGCAAGGAGGUGUAAUGUAAUUGGCUCAUAGGAUAUCUGCACAACACCUCUAUAUUGGAAAGCAUUAGCUCGACAUUUUGGGAGGGACACUUUUGUAGGACUGCAAUAGAACUCAUGUGCUGGACUCUUUUAGAUGGACACAGUUGCCAGCGGAAACUCUAGGAUGUAAUUACGCCUCGCCAGGCAAAAGAUUCAAACAUAACCUCUUGUAAAACCACAACAUAAAGUUGUUAACAAUCAAGCUUUUCUUACAGAUUAAUCAGACUAGAAAUAAAUGUGCUCUCUGGUGAGCUUUGGCAGUGUUAGCUGGAAGAGUUUUAACCUGAAAUCUUUCUUCAAACCAACUUGUCUUUUAAAUAUUAAAGCAGUCUUUACAUGUCUGCACUUUGACAUUUAGAGAGAUAACCACACAGUAAGCACACUGAGUAAAUGUAACCUUAUUAUUAUUAUUACUAUAUGUGCUGUGUCCCUGUAGGCCUGGUGAAGGAUGCAGCUCGUCCCGCCUACUGGGUUCCUGACCAGGACAUCCUCUCCUGCCACAACUGCCAGCGCGAGUUCACUGCCAAGCUGUCCAAGCACCACUGCCGCGCCUGUGGCCAAGGAGUGUGUGACGACUGUUCCCCGGAGCGUCGGACGGUUCCAUCUCGGGGCUGGGACCACCCUGUUCGCGUGUGCGCCAGCUGCAACCAGAAACCUGGAGAACUUUAACAGGGGGAAAACCUUCCUUCCUCAGAACAGCAGAGAGAACCAGUCACUCACUCAGCGGUCAUUUUGACACAGCUUUACCUCUGUUCCUCUGAUGGUUCUGUCUCGUAUCUGUGGAAAGGAAGUUUUUAGGCAUAUACUUUUUAGGAUACUUAGCAGAUUUGGGAUUUCAGAGUUCUUGUGGCCUUUGUAGAACAGCCAGAACAUGUGAGUUACUUGACUGAGUGUGAAACGUGCAUUUCCACUCUGGUUAUUCACAGAGUGAAUAUUUUGAUUCUUUACAACACAAAUCCCUACUUUUACUUUAAUAAGGCUGUUCAGCUAUUUUUCUACUGUUAGAAAAUAUAAAAAGAUGUAUCAUUUAAAGAAUAUUAGCUAGUUGAGAACCCCUCUGGGUUGGUGUGGAUAGUUUCAACCAAUUCUUCUCGUUGCGCGUUGUUUCUCUGAUGUCGUACUUGUAAUGGCGAGGACAUACUUUAUAUCCAUGCAGGUUCCAUUGCAUGCUGUAUUGCAACACUUUUAGUUUUUGCACUAAGCCUUUUUCAGCUGUUAUAGGCUGUUGCUUACCGUGGCCAAAUCCCAGAUAUCCACUUGAUCAAGCGCUCUUUUGCAAACCGAGCUGAUUUCUGCUUCAGUCGAGUCUGCAUUGUGGAUAUCUGGUGUGCCAAAAAUCAUUCAGGUCACUGUGUCUGUGCUGAUUCGAUGUUUAUAUUUUAUCAUGUACUUUGUGGUUGUAUGAAAACAUAGAGCUACGUUAGAGUGUACAUUUGAAAUGUUGAAAAUUAUUUAUGUAUUGAAAAAAAAAAAAAAUCUGAGCACUCUGGCAUGCGUUAUGACAGUGUGAGGAUCCGAUGGCCUUUUUUCUAUUUAGAGGAUGAUCUCUAACGAAACCUCACCAUCUCUCUUAACAGGCGGCAUUUUUAGUGUUCAUGUGUCAUAAAGUGUUCAUUUUUCAUGUUGGUUUUCUUCACACCUUGAGUUGUAUUGUUUUCCAAAUAUUUACUAUCUGAUUGGUUGUAUUAGUAUUGUUUUGCAGAGCUUAUGAGUAUUCAUAUUUGUCCUCAAACCAGUUUUAUAAAUCAAAUUCUGGUCCCUGGGUCUCUGUUGGCAGAGCCUGACAGGAAACAGACUCCUGUCACGGGUUGUCACAGGCCUCGUUAUUUUCCUGUUACGGCUGAAUUUGUAAAGAUUUCUUUGAACAUAAGUUACUGUAUGAUCACUUAUAUGCUAUGUAUUGUCACCUCUCCCCUUCAUAUAUUUUUUUUUUAGAAUUACACAAAAUUUGAUGCAAAAUAUUGCAGGAAAAAAAAGAAAAUCACAAUAUAGAUCCACAUUUAGUGACUGAAAGCUUUAACCGAUGUGGCAUCUUUACCAGUUUUGAGUUAUUGAGUUCCAUGAAGGAUAUCUUAUAAAGCACAAAUUGAUGCCUUUAACAUGUAUGCUUGCAUUUGUUGUCAAAAUUAAGAAAAAAAAAAAGGAUAUUUGUGGAUUGUGAGCUUUGUAGAUAAAGUUAACCCUCCCUUUGCUUCUAACGUGGAACUUUUUAGUUCUGAAGUCUGAUGAGAAGAUGUCGAGUCUGCCUCGUCUUAAAAUAGAUCUAUGUGUCUGAAUGUUGCAUCACACACACCCCUCUCUGAGAUGCUAAUAUUGCACAGCGUAGAAUAGGAAAUAGAUAAUGACAGAUGAUUUGUACUGGAGUUUAGUCCAAUGCAAUUGUGUGCAAAUGCAAAUACUGAUGUCCAAUUUUUGUAUUAGCUUGGGUGCUAUCAACACUUCUCACCUACACACUACAAAUCAAGCAGGACUGACUGAUACAAUUAAAGCUGUUCAAACCAACCUGAAGAGGUGAUGUGUGGAUAUUUGAUAAACUGGUGAAAAGUUUGCAUAAAAUUAAAGAUCUGUAUCACCCCUUGUCCAUCAGAAACAGAAUCUGGAUUUGCCUCCAUGUCUAUGGUGUGUGUUUCUGUGUGUUUAAACCUCCCUGUGUCAAACCACUUACUGUACUGUAUGUGGGAGGAAAAGAUGGUGUGCAAGCCUGAGUAUUAUGAGCCCUGUUUGCAUUCCUCUCUAACACUGCAGCUCCAGAAACAGAGAGGAAAAAUAUUUGCUUGGUGCUUAUUGAUGAUGAUAAAUGAUUUAUAAUCAUUUUAAUAAAUAUUUAAACCCCAA